GAAGAGUUCAAAGUUGAAUUAGAGCACAUGUCUUAGCAUAAAGUUGCCGGAUUAAACAUGAGCCCAAUUUUCUUUGUUUUGUUUCUUUUGGUGGGUUCCGCGGAGCUCCGCAGCCAAGCCCGCCGCCCUCAGCCGUCAGCCCGGGGGGAGGAUGCUUUGGAGCCGCCGGUAAAGAAGGAUGCUCCCCUGGAGGAUGAUGGAGUUGAGAGUUUGGGAGUUCCAGAAUUGAUUCGGAGUAAAGACAGAACUUCCAGGAGACGAGAUCACGGCCAUGAAGACCCGGACGGAUACUUCACAACCCCGCGGGCGCACCGCCUCACAACCGCCCUGCGGGGGAAUUCGUCAUCCGGCCGCGGCGCCGGGCUGCUCAACCCUCUCUUCCCGGUCACGGACGGCUCCUACUGGGCCUACGCGGUGAUGCUGCUGGCCCUGGUGCUCUUCUCCGUGGGCAUGGUGGGCAACCUGGCUCUCAUGUGCACCGUGUGGCACAACGUCUACCUGAAGACGGCCUGGAACUGCAUCCUGGCCGGGCUGGCCCUCGUCGACUUCCUGGUGCUCUUCUUCUGCUUACCUGUGGUCGUCUUCCACGAGCUCACCUUCAAGAGGUUGCUAGGAGACGUGUCCUGUCGCCUCGUGCCCUACCUGGAGGUGACCUCUCUGGGCGUGGCCACCUUCAGCCUCUGCGCUCUGAGCAUCGAUCGCUUCCACGCCGCCACCGGACCCCACCGCCGGUCCCGGGUGGAGCCCUGCCGGUCCAUCCUCUCCAAGCUGUCCGUCAUCUGGCUGGGCUCCUCGGUGCUCGCCGCCCCCGAGCUGCUCCUGUGGCAGCUGCUCCAGGAAACGCCGGGCCCGCCCGCCGACCCUCAGCGGGGCCAGGUGGGCGGCUCCCUGGCGGCCGCCGUCAGAGCCCGAGCGGACGCCCUGGUGGUGGACGUGUGCGUCCGCGAGCCGUCCGAGGCGCUCCCCGAGAGCGUGUACGCGCUGGUGCUGACCUACCACGAGGCGCGCACGUGGUGGAUGUUUGGCUGCUACCUUUGCCUGCCGCUGCUGUUCACUCUGGCCUGCGACCUGGUCACCAAGCGGGCGUCGGAGCCCGGGCCCGUCAAGGCGGCCAGCAGGCGCUCCUCCUCGUCCUCCUCGUGCGCGUCCUCUUCCUCCCUCAAGAAGAAGAAGCGACGCGGGCGCGAGCUGAGACUGCGCUCCACCGUGAUGGCGCUCGCCGCUCUGUACGUGGCCUGUAACUUACCUGAGAGCGCGUGCAACAUCACCCUGGCCUACGUCUCGGCCCCGGCCCUGGUCCUGUCGGCGCUGGGCCUGGUGGGUCAGUUCUUCCUGUUCGUACGCUGCUCAGCGACGCCGGUGCUGCUGCUCUGCUUGUGUCGCUCGCUGGGCCAGGCCUUCAUGGACUGCUGCUGCUGCUGCUGCGACGAGUGCCUCCCCGACGCCAAGUCCUCCGCCUCCGCCUCCACCGCCGCCACCUCCGCCCUCUCCUCGCCGACGCCUCACUCGCCAUCUCCGUCGUCCUUGUCGCCGUCAGGCAAAGAGGACGCAGUGAAGGUGGAAGCAACCUACGACUCCUCGGCGGCCAUCGGGACCCCCUGCUGA